UUGUUGUGCUUUAUAAAAAGUUGUGAAUCUCCUCUUAGCAUUUUUUUGUGUCUUUAGUGUGUUCCUUUGUGUUGGAGGUAGGAUCUUAGCAGAGGCCAGAGGGGUGUCUUUUCCGCGCUCGGGUGCUAGAAGUGCUCAUGGAAUACUGCCUGCGAGUUGGUCCUUCAUUUUAGCAUCAACAGGAGGGCAGGCACGGAGGGAGUAUAAUGUCGAAGAAGGCAGGUCCGCUCUGUCCUUGGGUAUAGAAUCGACCUUGAGAGUCCAGUCGGGUAACUUGGGUCAAUGGACUGUCUCCGCUCUGUAUUUCGACAACGUUGUAUGUCAUGCGAUGAUCGGAGCUCGAGACUGUACAUGCUGGAUGCCCGACGAGCAGCAGCAGCAGCGAGAAAGGAACAGAGGGACUGACAAAUGAUCGAAGUCAAGAAGCAGCAGGAGCUAGGUUUCGGAGCAGCUGCGCCGAAGAAGAAGAAUGGCAGCAAGCCAGAGGAAGGGGAGAAGUUAAUGGUCUUCCAUUAUCAGCCGCAGGUCGAGCUUGCUGGCGUGACAUCAUGAUGAUAGGCGUGCAGCCGUUCCGCACUGGAGUGCCAUCGAUUGCCGUUCUGCCGUGGACGACCAUCGCCUACAUACUGUCCAUGAUUCAGUCGGUGGCCUGUAGAAACCGCACGUCCGAAGUGUGCCGAGCCUUUCGACUUCAUGAACGGCAGUCGAGGACGAGCUUGGCUCUGCGCGGCCUCCAGCGGCACCUGGGUCUGGUGCCGAGGUGCUUCAGUUUCGUGACCAAUCUGGAUUUAUCGACAUUGACCCUUCUCCCGAGCGAUGUACCCUGCUUUCCGCCCGAAAAGAUCCACCAGGUGCGGCUGGCCAGGGCGUUCCCGCAUGUGCGCAAUCUGAAGGUGAUGACAGUGAAUGAUGAGAGCAUCAAAAUCCUGGGCCGGAUCUGGCCACAUGUUGAAAAUCUGGCCUUCGUCAACCGAGGCGAUGUCCAGACGCACCCGCAGCUGCAGACGGUGCUGGAGACUUUCAGGCGCAUCAAGGAUUUGGACGCCCGGAAUCUGUCGUGCGACAACCUGACUUUGACUAUGAGCAAAUUUGUAUCUUUACAACUGCAGUCGUUAAACCUCGAAACAAUUCCGGUCUGGAAGGAUCUGGAUUUGGAGAUUGUAGCCAAGGCGUGCACUCGCCUCGAGUCCUUGUGCAUCACCAUCCAUCUUCGCCAAUUCACGGGAAAGGGGUUUCUGACUCUGGCCAACCAUUGUAGAAACCUUAGGAAGCUACGUCUGUUCCUGUACAUAGGUUCGGAGCGCGACUUUGGAGCCGAGAGUGCCCGACGAUGCCUUCAGACGCUUGUAAAAAUGGUGGCAGAGUUCCCUGAUAUACAGCUCCAUUUAUCCCUCGGACACAUCCCUUCGUCGAUCACAGGUCUGCGCAUGGACUGUCUCUUAGGCAUGGGAGCGAACAUCCGCUCGUUGGUGUUGUACUUCUUGGACACGGAAAUUCGAGGCAUUUUGAGCUGCAAGAACCUGACUGAAGUCACCUUCGGAUCAUGUGAGAGCUUAGGCGAUCAGGACCUUCUGAAUGCGGUCAACGCAUGCCCUCAACUCACCACUCUUCGAAUUCUGGACUGCAAGCGGGUCACUGAUAGGGGACUAGCGCAGGUUGCUCAAGCAGCUACGUUGACUUCUCUGUCCUUGUGCUUUCUGAAAAUUCGACUGAAAGCAAUGCUGAAUGCCAUCAAGCCCAUGUCCCGCUCCCUGACUGCUCUACGGCUGAUGGUCAAUAAUUCUGUGGAUUCUCUAUCUGGUUUGAGCGGAUGGCCCCAUUUACACCGUCUGGAUUUGACUCUCACGAGCAAUAUCAAAGCCGAAGUAUUUUCAGAGCCGUGGCUGGAGUCGUGUCCGAGCUUGAAGCAUCUUGGAAUAGUGAUUCAGAAUUGGUGCCCCUCAUCUCUAGGAUUCCUGACCUUGUCUUCUACGCUUCCUUCCCUGUCUAUAACAUUCACCACCAGAGUUCCCAAGAACGUCCUGCUCUCGUUUCUUGAAGACAUCACCGUCCUGCCUCUUCUCUCUUCGCUGGCCCUGUACAUAUGCAAUGAGGAUUGGCUUACAGAGGAUGCAGGAGCAGUGAUUGCCAAAUGCCCCAAACUCAAAACUCUGAACAUCAUCUGGACUUCAAAUCAGCUGGUCAUUGAGGACUUCGAAUUUGGUUUACGGCCGUUUCUGAUCAAGGUGCUCAACAUGAAGUGCCUGCAAAAUGUACAGCUGCCCUGUUCCCGGAGUGACGAGAACGACAUGAGGAUCUUCUACCGAGGAUUGCACGCCCACACAAUGUACUCCCUCUUAAAGAGUAUCUACGACCUCAAAGCACGUGAAGAGUUCGGAUCAACGCUACCUAGGAGGCUGUAGUUUCGUACUCAGAGAUCGAGAAGAAGACUUCCAUUUUUUUAUGAUUUAGAAAUUUCCUUCCAGAGGGUGGCAGAAGUUUUCGAGCUGUGCAGGUGAUUCGAGUCUCAACCAGACUUGUCCUAUUGUUGAAGAUCCCGUGGUCUUUUGAGCCCUGAAGGUCAUACAAGCUGUGCAACGUCUGAGCGUCCAUGCUUCUCUGCGUCGAGCGUGUAAUAGCACAGCUAGCACAGUCUUCGUAAAUUUAAGGUUGUGCAUUUGCUGAAGUGUUCUGCCGCCCAGGCUCCUCAGGAACAAAUUUGUGUCUGAGUAGGCCGGCAUUCUUUGUUUAAUAGUUCUACGAGGAAUUUGUUGCCCUUCCCCUCACUGUCAAUUUAGGAACGAAAGGGGUAAGUUGAUGGGAUGCUUGAAAGCACUCACACUCUUGUACUGAGCGCGAGCCAGAUUUCCCUGGGGUCAUGUACUAUAUUUAUUUGAUCAAGCUGACGUACUUUCCG